CCCCUGCAGGUCAAAGCCAAGAUCCACAGCCACAUCAGCCGCCAGCUGGAGUGCCUGCGCAGCCGCGAGGUCUGGCUCUUCGAGCAGGUGGACCUCAUCCAGCAGCUGAAGGAGGAGGCGCUGCAGCAGCAGGCCCAGCAGCUCUACUGGUACCUGGGACAAUUCAAUUGUCUGAUCCAUCAGCUGGAACGCUCCUGUAGCAACGAGCUGGCAAACCAGAUUUCAGUUUGCCUGGAGAGACUGGAAAGUCUUACUCUCAAACCAGAGGAGUCUUCCAUCCUGAAUUUUGAGGCUGACCCAUCUUACCUUCGCCAGGCUAUUACCUCAUUUGGUUCAAUUAAAACAAUGCAAACCUCAGAGAGAGAGAAUACUUCUCCCUGGUUCCCAGGGCAGAACUGUGCCCUCAUGAACUGUGAGCAGCAGAAAAAAAUGUGUGGGCCAGUGAGUGCCUCGCUUGCUGACUGGUUACUUGGAAGCAGACCUGUGGGUGUUUCCCAGGCUCCCUAUGUUCCCAGCACCAAUCUUGAAGAAUGGGUCACACAGAAAUGUGUGUCAGAGCCCAUCCAGGAGCUAAAUUCUUCCAAAGUUUGUUACUUUGAGCAAGCCUGGGGAAAUCUGAAAGAUUUGGAAAACUGGCUUCUGCAGAAUCAACAGGGUGAUGUUGCUGGGAAGAUGGACCCUUCUGGCCGCAAAGACUCCACCUCUACUUCCAGCUCAUCCUUUUCCACUAUUGAAAAGGUGGAGGAAUUGGAAUCCCUUGGGCAAGAAGAGAUGGACCUUUCUGACUGGCUGCUCACUCCUGACACAGAAAAUGGAAGCAGUGCUUCAGAUGAGAAGUGGAAGUAUGAGUUUAAACCUUUUAGAGAAGAGUUCAAUUUGAAUGAUUGGAUUCUUAAAGCUGAAACAUGUACUAGUUGUUGUGGAAGCCAGACCAAAAGUGUGGAAAUUGAGAACCUGGGAAAUCUGAAGUGCCUGAACGAGCAUCUUGACGUGAAGAAGUCACCCACCACUUCUGCUGUAAGCGCUUGGCUUCUUCAGCACCCCCAGGCCCCAUUUACAGUGGAAGAUGUGUGCAAAGCUAACGAGCUGUGUGCCAGCUUUUCAGAAUGUGUGUGUGAUGAAAACUGCGGAAGAGACGCGCUGUGUAAAUGGCUUCUGAGGAAAGAUGGGAAGGAUAAAAACGGAGUUCCGGUCGGUCCGAAAGACGUGCCACAGCCCGAGCACGAGAAGACCAAGUCUGCUGGCAGUAGCUGGCUGAACCCCACACAGCAGCUCCCGGGGGAAGCCCUUAGUGCAGAGAAAGCAGAUUGUUCCACAGAGAUUGCAGAACCCUUCAAAGUCCUGCUGGAGAGGCCGCUGACAAGCUGGCUGGCCAAGUCCGAGCACAAGGCAGGAAGCGCAGAAGAAAAGGCCAGUAGGGAAAAAGCAGACAGUAGCUUCAAGAGUCCCUUCCUAGACCUCUUGGCUCCAUUCCACCUCCCCUUGAAUGUCAACAGCUGGGUGUUGACAUCAAACAACCUAGAAAACGCCAGCUCCCCUCCAGCAGAAGAUAAAUGGCUUCUGCGCAAGAAAGCACAAGACUUUGGCCUUCCUACAGUUUGUGACCUUUUUGCUUGUAUGAAGCUCAAUGGAGAUAAUGAGAAAUGGCUGUAUCGGACUCCUUUACAG